AUGCCAGGCCUCGACUCGCUCCCGCAGGAGGUGUUGGAGAUGAUCUUCUCGUACGUGUGCACCGAAGGAGGCUACAUGGGCACGGUUCUUUCGAGGGUGUCCAAGUUCAUCCGCCUCGCGUCCGCCCGCAACAGGUUCCAAACGCUUUGGCUCGCUGGGGAGCUGCCUCAACUCGAAAAGUUCGCCAAAGAAAUUGCCCGCGCCGACCAACGGAAGGUGCUUCACAAGAAGUUCGCGCGCCAGGAGAUGAAGGAGCGUGCGCGGUGCUUCAAGCGCAGGCAGGCGUCGCUCGGGCUGCUCGUCCGACAGAUCCUCAAGAGGGCAGGCCCGACCUUGAAAAGCCUGGCGCUCAUCGCCCCCGACCUCGACUUCGCCAAGCUUUACCGUGACGCAGCGGUGUUCCCGCGCCUGACCGACCUCACGCUGCACUACCAGUCACUCAAACGGUCGAACGCCUAUGAAUUCGGCCUCUACCUCCGCGGCGACCCGGCCGCGAUCCAUCGCAGUCCGCCUUUGUACACCGUGCGCCGCCUGCACCUGUUCCAGAACGGGUGCGGGUUCGGCGAGGAUUGGCAUCACUUCGGACCGGUGUUUCAGGUCGUCCGCGCGACGUUCCCCGCCGUCGAGUAUAUGCGGCUCUCGGGCGUCGGACCACAGGAGGACGUGUUCCCGGCGGCUCUGCGUGCCGUGUUUGGUGUGCCGCUCGACGCUGUGAUGAAUGAAGACAAAGGUCCGGUCUUCGCCAACGAGAAGCGAUGGCUCGUUGGCCCCACCUGGCGCUCGGGCCCGCAGCGGCUGGAGGCAGAGGUGGAGGCGUUGAAGGGCGUACUGAAGACGCUGAAGCGGUUGUACCUCCAACGUCACCGGACUAAGGAGGGCCCCGAUAUGUACGAGACGUUGCGGUGGUUGGCACAGCGUGAGGAGGUCAAGGAGAAGCUUGUCCUACUCCCGAUAAGGGAGUUCACAAAUGCCGGAUGGUACGCCGCCGGGCCGUGGUUCGCGAACGCCCUCGGGAUAGAGACGUGCUACACGGAAAAGCCGUUCAUCGAGCGGAGCGUGGACAAUGAAGGUACUGCCCUAGAUCAGUCAAAUAUGUGUCGCAGUGCUUGUUUUGGCUGA